AUGGCAUCUGGGUUGUUGAUCGAUCCGAUGCGGCUCCUCCGCCUUGCGCCUCUCAUCAGCAGCACGGGAAGCGUGAUGUACUCGACCUGCGAACUCAUCAUGAACUCCGCCUUCCUACACCCUGCGGUUCGCAGAGAAGCCGACGUCGUUCUCCCUCGGUGGUUCAAGACAGUAUUCCAAAGUGGCGUCACGAUAGUUAUUGGACUAAUAACCAUAACCACGUCCACAUCCUUAGCCAACAUAUACUUCUCAUAUGAUAACAACUCCUCGAUUACAGAAGGCAUUAUGGCUCUACCGUUCAGUGCCAAAAUGUACGCUUUGGGGGUGACAUGCGCCUUGGGUCACUUGACGUUCAUCCCAUGGGUUUCCCAGCCAAUUGAACAUUUGAAGGAAAACACAUCAAAGCGAGGUGGUUCAGCAGAGAUGGAAGAUUGGUUGAGCGUGCAUAGAAUUAGAUGGACCCUCGCGGACUUCCCCGCCUGGGUGGCCUUCUUUUUGGCUGUUUUGACAUUUGAAGGAACUCUUUAA